UGGCGGGAUUCAUGUGCAGACGAUCAGCGCAGUUAGUGUUUGGUGUCCUGUGAUGGAUGGAUGUGAUGGAUUAUGUGUGAAUCUGUUCAGCUCUAUCAAAGGAAUGCUUUGAUUUUUAUGUCGGUUGUGUCGUGCAAAUAAAAGUGGCGAAUGUGAUCAGUGUAUUAAGGCGCAAUGAUAUUGAUGUGAAGAGAAAAUAGAUGAAUCAAAUAUUUUGAAUUAUGGCUUAAAUAAUUGUAAUCGUGACAUCGAUAUAAGUAAUGAAUGAAAGUGUUCGAGGUUUUAUCGAGCCACAUUGAAUAGUUAUUAUCAUCUGUAGUUGAUGCGACUCGUUAGGCUAUUCAUUUGUGGUGAUUAUCGAUCAUUGAUUGCAAAUCCAUGAAUUUAUAAUCUCAUCAAUCCAAACAACACCGACUGGGAUAGCUUAUCUCCAAAAAAAUCUGGUCGAACUGGCACGCGAGACAGGCACGCGAGCAAAGCAAAAUGAUUGCCGACAAUAGCAGAAAAACGGUUGCUAUCCUAUGCGUGCUUCAGAUGAUAUCGGCAUCCUCCCAACAGCAGCAGCAGCAACAGCCCAAAGCUCAACCGCAGAAAGCCUGCGGUCUGUACGGACAGGUGCCGUGCACCUUUGUUCCGGCUCCACCCGGAAUCACUCCCAUGUGUGCCUCCCCGGGGAAGACAUUUUGUGAGAAGAACUCCGAAUAUCCUAUCCAAUUGAUUCAACAACUAGUUGAGCGAAUGGGCUUUCAACGGAUCCUCGUCAAUGAAGACCGCGUUGACUUUAACAUGAAUCGUGAAUGGGAAGAGGAGCACCAUCACCAUCAUUAUCACCAUUUUUAUGGCCCCUCAAUGUCUACCAGCGACAGUUACGGGCCACCUUCCAAGCCCUCAUACCAAGGUUAUGGUUAUGACCUACCCAAACAGCAGCAGCAGUUCUUCCAACAGAAUGACAACACCGUGACCUAUGACCAAAAACCACCGCCCCUGCCUGAACCGCAACCCAUCUACAUCCCAAAACCGCAGUACUCGUUUAAUUAUCUCACGUACGUGAGGCCCCCGUUGAAUCAAAACAGCCACACGCCCAGCUUGCCCAGCAGCGGUGGCUAUUACUAUCCCCAGCCAGUGACGCAAUUCAGCCCUGCCGAAUGGUUGCGACGAUUCGCACGUGAUCUCAGUGAAAAGCAGAAUCCGGCCCGUGGGUUCAGUUACCAUCGGGUGGCUGGCCCAGUUCCUGCGCCGUCCCCUUUCAAGCUGCCGCCAGAGCUGGAAGUGCAACCGUCGCCCUUCAGGUUGCUGAACGAGACCGAGUAUCAUGAGGCAGUCGGGCGAUCGCGACAGAAGCGCCAGGUCACCGAAGGACGCACGGCGCUCUGCCAGACGCGUGAGAUGUUUGUGACACCGCAGGCAGCUCUUAAUACCAAAGGCAAUUGGAUGUACGUUGUAAAUCAUGAGAAGUCGCGUCAGCUAGUAAAAGCGGAGAUAUGCACGUCAAGCGAGUGCUCCAAUCUGUGCAGCCUUCCCAAUGGAUACAACUCCCGGUGCGAGCAGAAGUUCUCCCAGAAGCGACUGCUAACGUUGGAUUCCGAUGGCCAGAGUUUAUACGUCGACACCUACUGGUUCCCGACUUGCUGCGUGUGCACCUUGGCGAUGGAAAAUUGAUUACUGUAGGAUCGAGGGACCCAUGGUACGAACACAGUCCGUAGAGCAAGCCUGGCGUUGUGACUGAGUUAUUCUGUAGUUAUUGGACUACGAAAUCCUAUUAUCGAAUGAUUUUUUUAUGAUGCUUUAUCAAUGAGCAUUAAUAGAACGAGAUUACUAUUUGAAAAUGGUAAAAAAAAUGAUAACAAAAAGCUUUGUAGAUUCAAUUUAGAAUUAGGUUUAGAGCUGAACAGCGGCAAAUGUGAUUUUUAUGAUUAGGGAUUUUAUAGUAUUCUAGUAGCAUCACAAUUUGCUUGGCAUUAGCUGCCCUAAAAUCGUAUAUUUCAUUUACAGUUUCCGUUUUUAGGGGUUUCAAAUUGAAACUAGGUCGGUUGCAGUUUUUCGCGUUUGAAUCUAAUUCGCUCUUCAUCCUUGACCGGGAUUACUUAUCUACUUUCAAGAUCAAAUGAGAAAAUCAACACAAAAACACGUAAAAGUACAUUAAAGUGAGUUUCAUGAAUAAACCGAAAAAAGGGAAACUGGCAGAUACUUCCGGCAGAUUAUUGCGCUCCAAACCAUCUUGGAAAGUCAUUUCCGUUUAACUUAGCUUCAACCUCUUGUAUCUUUAUUUCUCGCAUAGAUAGGACACAGGACAACGAUGUAGAAUUAUCAAGUUAAUACCGCUAAAACCCCUGCCGGAUUUAUCUGUUAUUAACCUUUAAAUAAAAAAGUGAUUGAAUGGAUGUAAUGCAAUUAAUUUAUGACAAUUAUAAUUCUAAGGCUGUAAUUUAUCACUGCGUAAUUAAUAUAUUGACAUUAAAACAUGAGUUACCAUUUUCGAAGAUAUUGGUUAAUAAAUACUUAAAUAAUAUCUAA